GUUGCCUGUACGCAUUUUAAUAACUAUAUAUAAGGCAAAAACAUCAUACACACAAACAACAACAACACACAUUUCGUUCCUACACUUGAUUCGAGUCUUCCCAAUUGUUCAAUUGAUUCACCAAAAUGGGCAUCCCUCACUUUCUUUGUUUACCAUUACCUAUUCAAGGACAUGUGAAUCCCCUCAUGCAGUUUUCUCUUCUUUUGGCCAAACAUGGUUGCAAGGUCACUUUUGUACACACUGAGUUCAGCCACAAGCGAGCCAAUACUGCUGGUGGUGACAACAUGGAGGAGGCAAAAGUAGAGAUGGUGACUCUCCCUGAUGGUUUGGAUCCUCAGGAUGACAGAAGCGAUGUGGCCAAACUUCUUGUUUCAAUGAAAACCACCAUGCCUGCUCUGCUUCCAAAGCUCAUACAAGACAUUAAUGCCUCCAAUGUCGACAACAAGAUAACAUGUAUAAUUGUUACCAUAAAUAUGGGUUGGGCUUUGCAAGUAGGAAAUAAAAUGGGAAUCAAAGGAGCUCUUCUCUGUCCAGCAUCUGCAACUUCCUUGGCUUCUGCUGCCUGCAUCCCAAACCUUAUUGAAGAUGCCAUUAUUGAUUCUCAAGGACUUCCCACCAAAAACCAAGAAAUUCAACUCUCUCCGAAUAUGCCCAUGAUGGACACUUCAUACCUUCCAUGGCGUGGCUUUAAUAAGAUCUUCUUUGAGCAUCUUAUGCAAGAGAUGCAAACUUUGAAGGUAGGAGAGUGGUGGCUUUGUAUAUGUGCUGGUGUACCUUUCUUGUGUUGGCCAUGUACAACUGAUCAAUUUCUGAACAAGUCUUAUAUUUGUGAUGUGUGGAAGAUUGGAGUUGGUUUAGAAAAAGAUGAAACUGGAAUAGUUUCAAGGGAAGAGAUUAAGAAGAAGGUGGAUCAACUUCUGGUUGAUGAAGAUAUUAAAGGAAGGUCUUUAAAGUUGAAGGAGAUGACUAUAAAUAACAUACAAGAAGGUGGACAGUCAUCAAAGAAUCUCAACUUCUUUAUGGAGUGGGCAAAGUAG